CAGACACCUGCAGAGAGAGAAAGAGAGAGAGAAGGAACAGAAGAACGGAUAUAACAUCAUGACCAGGUUUAAGAUUCCUGCCGGGACGUUUCUGUUCCUCCUCGUCCUCACUACCUUCAUCAUCGACACAGAAACAGCUCGCUGCUGCUUUUCUUACACGCAAAGGCCCGUUCGCUGCGGCCGGCUGAAAGGCUACUCCAUCCAGGAAAUUACUGGAAACUGUGACAUCAGAGCUAUAAUAUUUGAGACUCAAACUGCGAAAUUCAUCUGCGCUGAUCCAAAGAUGAGAUGGACUCAGGACAGGAUCACGUGCCUGCGGAAGAAGGCUGCAGUCAUCGGGAACAUGGAAUUGUUGACCUGAGACGGAAACCGUUCCACAGCCUCGAAUUCGAAUUUAAAAAAACUAAAGUCUUUAUUUUUCUGUUCAUUAGAGCAUCUUAAAGGUGUGCUUUAUUACUUCUGUUUAAACGUUGGCCCCUUGUGGGAGCCGCAGUCUCAGUCACGUAUUGUACACUUUGUACGUUUUUGUCACACAAACAUUGUGUUUUAUCUUAUAUAUAAACAGAUAUUUUAAAAUAAUAAAUAUAUAAAAUAAA